AUGGUGCCCAGACUAUUGUUUCUGCGAGCCUGCCUCUUGGCGGCGCUCAGCAUGGCGCUGUACUCGCAGCCAGUCUUGACUGGCUACUCUGCCCAACUCGACGCCUUUGACUGGCCAGCAAAUACCGCCUUGAUGCUCAGCUCGGGGCUGCACCUCUCCGACACGCGUCGCUACACCGAGCAGCAGGCGGACGAUUUGCUUGCGAACGCGCUGGUACGUUUGAAGCAUCUCGCUCGAGGCAGAACGACAUCCGAGGAGGCCUUUCCGUCCGUUCGCCUCGUGACCGCCGGCUUCAUGCCUCGACACGUCCUCGUCACCCAAGGCAUCGACCCCGAAGCCCAGGGACGGCUUUCGACCCGGCGCUGGUUCUCGCUGCCCUUGCUAGCGGCACCCCCUGCAGAUCCUGAUGACGUGCACUACCUUGAGAUGCAGACGAUCGACGGCCGUCGUGCUCGCUCACUUGAUCUGAUCCGCUUUGACCGCUUCGCGCCUCGCGCUCAUUCCGGCUUCUGGCUCCCCACCGCCAUCGUCCGCCCCGUGCUCAAACCCAUACCUCGCAGCGCCGACGACAAGCUCGAGUUCCGGGUCGUGUACCAGUUCCCUACCUCGCCCGCCAUCUUCCGAGAUCUGUUUCGCACCGACCCGGAGCAGGCGUAUAGUCACCUCAGGCAGGUGCUGGAUCGCAAGCAGGCGGUAUGGCUGUCCAAGCUCGAUCCGUUGGAUCAAAAGCUGGUCUCAAAUAUGUGGAAGCGAUCGCACAAGUCGAACUUACUGCCUGCCUCACCGUUCUUUGAACAGGCGGAGAGGGAGACGUGGGCUGCAAGGCACGGCGGGUCGUACUUCCAGGCUUCGACGAGAGGCUCGCGCGAGCUUGUCAACAAGGGCCUACGUCGGCAGCAAGAGCUCGAGUUGCUCUCUUCUCACGAUGAGUACGGGCGCUCUCCAUCUUCGCCGGCAACGCAAGUCGGAUCUUCGAGCACACCACGCGGUCGACAAGACGCAGCCGGCACGUCGGCGGUCGAGUCGGAUGAGACAAGGCCAAUUAUAGAGCACGACUUCUUAAACAUGCUGCCAUCUGGGCAAUUUUCUUCGCUCCACGAUUCGCAGCCGCAGCAGCCACUCCCUUCCGUUGACCAUUCGCCCAACAGCAGGUCCGAACCCAACCUUGACCUCACCCUCGGACCCUUCGCGGGCAGCAAGAGGCGCCAACCGUCUUCUCCGUCUUAG